ACUCGAUCUUUGUUUUUUACGAGUGAGUGGUUAGACUAUAUAUUACUGUAUAGCCUACAGUGUGUACAUACUGUACUGUAUAAGACCAUGCGAGCCCUGAGCAUUAUAAUAUUCGGUUUAGUUUCCGCGCCUUGCGGCUGGAUCCUGACCCUGACGAGUACAGUGGCACCAAACUGGCGAACCGUCCACAACAUCACUGGACAGCCCUCGGAUUUAAUGUUACACCAGGGCAUCUGGGAUAUCUGCAGGUCCUUUACAGGAUCCAGGGACGUCCUGUGCAACCACGAGGACAGCGAAUACUUUAAUAAUCAGAUCAUCGAGGUCGCGCGCAGGAUGAUGGUGGCAUCUCUGAUCGUGACUCUAAUCGGUCUUGGCUUGAUGACAGUCGGAACCACCUGCUGGACCGACAAACCGAGAAUAAAGCUGGCUGGUCUCGGUGGUUUUCUCAUCUUAUGUUCCGGGGUUCUGGCAAUCAUCCCUAUCGCAUGGUACAACCACAUCCUGAAGGACAUCAACUCUCCAUCGACCGACAUCAGUACUGGAUACUGCAUCAUACUGGGCUACAUAGGAGGACUAACGGAGUUUCUCGACGGAUUUGUGAUAUUUAUUUUGUUAUACCGAUGUUCUGGAGGAAGAAAUCUGGGAGAGAGACCCGAGUUAAAUAUUGAACCGAAGGACAUGACCACCGCGCCGAGCACCAGUGUGACCCGGAGCCGCGCGAGCAGCGUCCCAUCGCACAUUGAGAAACAAGACAUCAACUUCCGGCGAGACAACAGACCAAACAAUAUAUCACUGACCCUGUAGAAGUAGUCUUCAACUCAGCUGGUUUUUGGUUUUUGACAUAAAAUACGAGGGUUGUUUAGUCGUUUAGUUAUUUACUAAUUUAGUUACUGAGUAAGUUAGUUAUUUAGUACAAGAAUUUCUGAAAGCAUCCUUAGAUGAGUGAAGUGUCUACCAUUAAGACAGACAACGCUGUGUCACUUGUCGCCAGGGAGGGGAAAAUAAGAAAGGCCACUUGGGCCCUUCAGUCUGGUAAAUCCAUGUGAUGUUCUAUAGCUUUUGUAAUAGACUGUAACUUAAAGCGUGGCCUUUUCUUUCUUUCUUUCUUUCUUUCUUUCUUUCUUAUUAUUAUUACUCCUACUUUGUCCUACUUCUCUAAGCCAACAGAAUAAUACAAGUAGGCAUAUUCUUAGAAAUGACAGGAAUGUUGA